CCCUCCGACGCCAUUUACCCCUACGCUUUGGUUCCCUGCAGUGUUGAGUCGCUGAGUAUUCGGGCUGGGCGCCCUUUUCGGGCUUCUUUUCGGAACCUAGUGAGGAAAUCCCCUCCGCACCUUUGCACAAAUCGAGGCCUUCCAGGGAGGGCGUGUCCCCGGCUCUCCCGCCCUCCAGCCUCGCAGUCGCCGAGGGCAGCGCCCUGCGCCGGGUGCGCACCUUCCACCGGGGAGGCGGCGGCCGCGAGUGCGUCUGUCAGCUGGGUCGCAGGGCGCCGGCUGCACCGACCGCCCAGGGUCCCGUGAUGGCGGCCGUGGCGUCCCUGACAGACCAGACGCCGGUGCCUGUGACCUUUGAAGACGUGGCUGUGACUUUCACCCAGGAAGAGUGGAGGCAGCUGGACCCAGCUCAGCGGUCCUUGUACCAGGAGGUGAUGCUGGAGAACUGUGGGCUCCUGGUCUCUCUAGGAUGUCCUGUUCCCAGACCUGAGCUGAUCUGCCAGCUGGAGCGGGUGCAGGAGCCGUGGACUCUGAAGAAUGACCUCUCCCAAAGCUCUCGGUCAGGUCCUAAAGGAAGACUCAAGAACACAGAACCUGCCGCUUGUGAGCCAGCCUUGCGUGACGGAGCCUCAGGGGACUCCCAGCUGGUGCAAGCCAGGCAUCAGGACAGGUCAUCAGAAAUGCAGGAAGGAUACUUGAGACAAUGGCUAGACUCCCAAGAGGAAAAGCUUCCUGGGAAAGUGAAUUCUGGACAUGUUUUAGGGCCAGCUGAGGACAUGUGUUCAAGGAUUAUACAGCGGCAAGUCUCUCUAGGAGACACUGCCCAUAACCCUAGCUCCCAUGGACCAGGUAAGCAUCCCAUGAUUCAGGAAGAAGAAAAUACCUAUAAAUGCAGUGAAUGUGGGAAGGUGUUUAACAAGAAACACCUCCUUGCUGGACAUGAGAAAAUACACUCUGGAGUGAAGCCCUAUGAAUGCACAGAGUGUGGGAAGACCUUUAUUAAGAGCACUCACCUCCUUCAACACCAGAUGAUCCACACCGGGGAGAGGCCCUAUGAGUGCAUGGAGUGCGGGAAGGCCUUCAACCGCAAGUCAUACCUUACCCAGCACCAGCGGAUUCACAGUGGAGAGAAACCUUACAAGUGCAAUGAUUGUGGAAAGGCCUUCACUCACCGCUCCAAUUUUGUGUUGCAUAAUAGGAGACACACGGGAGAGAAAUCGUUUGUGUGUACAGAAUGUGGGCAAGUCUUUCGACAUAGGCCAGGUUUCCUACGACACUAUGUUGUCCACAGCGGGGAGAAUCCCUAUGAGUGCUUCGAGUGUGGUCAGGUCUUCAAACACAGGUCCUACCUCAUGUGGCACCAGCAGACUCAUACUGGGAAAAAGCCCUAUGAGUGCAGUGAGUGUGGGAAGGUCUUCUUGGAGAGUGCGGCCCUGAUUCACCACUAUGUCAUCCACACCGGGGAGAAGCCCUUUGAGUGCCUGGAGUGUGGGAAGGCCUUCAACCACAGGUCAUACCUCAAGAGGCACCAGCGGAUUCACACUGGGGAGAAGCCUUUUGUGUGCAGUGAAUGUGGGAAAGCCUUCACCCACUGCUCUACAUUUAUCUUGCAUAAGAGGGCCCACACUGGAGAAAAACCUUUUGAGUGCCAAGAGUGUGGGAAAGCCUUUAGCAACCGGAAAGACCUCAUUCGACACUUCAGCAUCCACACUGGAGAGAAGCCCUAUGAGUGUGUAGAGUGUGGGAAGGCCUUCACUCGCAUGUCAGGCCUCACGAGGCACAAGCGGAUUCACAGUGGAGAAAAGCCCUAUGAAUGCGUCGAGUGUGGGAAAUCCUUUUGUUGGAGCACAAACCUCAUUCGCCACGCCAUCAUACACACUGGAGAAAAGCCCUAUAAGUGCAGUGAAUGUGGAAAGGCAUUCAGUCGCAGCUCAUCCCUUACUCAGCAUCAAAAGAUGCACACGGGGAAGCACACUAUCAGUGUGACAGACGUGGGAAGACCUUUCACAAGUGUACCCACCUCAGUCACCCUCCGAGAACUCCUUUUAGGGAAAGACUUUUUGAAUGUGACAAAUGAGAAAAAUGUUUUGCCACAGGAAACUUCCUCAGCAUCUGAGAAUACACACCAAAGAAAAACCCCACAAGUGUCUUCACUGUGAGAAAACCUUCAGUUGCAGAAUAUUACUGCCAUUUAAAGAUUCAUAUUAGAAAUUAGAGCCUUAUUCUCCAUCUGAAAAUUCAUACUGGAGAGAAACCCAGUACAGUUUUUGCACAUAGGAAAACUUUUAGCUUCCAUUUUUUUAUUAGUUUACAGUGCCAAUUUAUCUCAGGAAUUGUUUUUAAAAUAGGAAAUGUAGAGAAAGUAAAGUGCAAGCACAGAUCUCAGACUCCUCUGCCAAAAGCUAUGACUCUCUGUCAUCGUCUUCUCAGUUUAUUUGAGGUGAGAGGAGUGUUGUGUCUUAUGUCUGUCCAGGAUCAAGAGGUUGACGCUUGAAAUCAAGUCUGUAAAUUCUACUGUGUUCUUAUGACAGUGGGAGGCUUGAGCCAUGAAAUACGUUUUUAUUUAAGGCAAUAAUAAUACACACUUGAACAGGCACAUUUUUGGAGCACCACUUUAGACUAUUUAAGGCUUAAUUUAAAAAAAAAAAAAAAAAGCUUCGUUCAUUUGCUUUUAAAAACCUGACACUCAGACCAUUUCUCGAUUCCUAUAUGUUGGUGUACUUGAUUGCUGUAGCUAUAUGGUAAAUCUUCAAAUUAGGUAAAAAUAAUUGCUUUCUAGGUUAGAACUUAUUUGACAUUUCUCUUUAACAUUUCCUAUAAAAUUUGAAGUUAGUCUAUACUUGCAAAAAAUUUCUCAGAUUUUCAAAGAAAUUGAGAUCAGUUUGUUGAUAAUUUAUAUCUUUAUCGAAUUUUGGUAUUAUUAAUAUAAUCUCCAUUUAUUUAAGCAUUCUUCAAUUUUAUAUAGUUUAAAAAAAAUAUAUAUAUAUAUAUAUAUAUAUAUAUAUAUCCUGUAUGGUUUUCUUAGGAUUCACAUUUAGUGGUUUUUUGUUUUGGCGUAGAUUUUUUUUUAACUUUUCAUUUUAUUUGAAGGCAGAGAGAGAUCUUCCAUCUGCUGGUUCACUCUCAAAAUGUCCAUAACAAUCUGGGGCUACCUCAGGUCAAAACCAGGAGCCAUCUAGGUUUUCCACAUAGGGGGCAGAUACCCAAGUACUUGAGCCAUCAUCUGCUGUCUCCUAGGGAGCAUGCCAGCAGGAAGCUGGAUUGGAAGCAGAGUCAAGUACUGUUGAUACGCAAUGCAGGCACCUCCUGUGGUGUCUUAACUGCUGCACCAAAUGCCUUUGUGUUGUGGGUUUUUUUUUUGGGUGGUGAUAAAUAGCCUUUAUUUUUUAAACUUGAAGUUUCUACAUGUUUUGUAGUGUACAGAAACACAAUUACACACACAUACUCAUAUAUAUUAAAGAUUGAUUUAUUUUAUUUGAAAGGAAGAGUUACAGAGAGGCAGAGACAGGUCUUACAUCCACUGGUUCAUUCCCUAAGUGACCACAACGACCGGAGCUGGGCUGAUCCAAAACCAGAAGCCAGGAGCUUCUUCUGGGUCUCCCACAUGGGUGCAGUGGCCUAAAGACUUGGGCCAUCUUCCACUGCUUUCUCAAGCCAUUAGCAGAGAGCUGGAUCCAAAGUGGAGUAGGGGCUUGCACUGUGGUGUAUCAGGUAAAGCCGCCAUCUGCAGUGCCGGCAUCCCAUAUGGGUGCUGGUUUGAGUCCUGGCUGCUCCACUUCUGAUACAGCUCUCUGUAUUGCCUGGGAAAGCAGUAGAAGAUGGCCCAAGUCCUUGGGCCCCUGUACCCACGUGGGAGACCUGAAAGAAGCUCCUGGCUCUUGGCUACUGUUGGUGCAGCUCCUGCUGUUGUGGCCAAUUGGGGAGUGAACCAGCAGAUGGAAGACCUCUCUCUGCCUCUCCUCUCUGUAUCUCUGACUUUCAAAUAAAUCUAAAAAAAAAAAAAAAAAAAAA